AUACUUACUUGAAAUAAAAUGGGAAAGCAGAUAGUUGCGCUAUGUUUGCGCAGUUGAAGUCGCUAAGAAAUGAGCAGUUAAAAAUCCAUUUUGCGCAUCCUGAACGCACUGUCAACUAAACAAAAAACAACGUCCUCCGAUCAUCUGACUUGAAGUGUGACGCGUUCGAAGGGUUUGCGGCACAUCAACUGAAUUAACUCUGAUGUCAACAAUGUUUUGUUAAAACAGCAUACAUUUUAACGGAUUAUUUUGUAGUUUACUGAAGUGACAGAUCGUAGUCAUCAUGACAGAGUUCUGGUUGAUCUCUGCUCCUGGAGAAAAGACCUGCCAGCAGACAUGGGACAAGAUGAGCAUGGCCACAGCCCACAUCAACAACCUGUCCACUAACCACAAGUUCAACAUUCCUGACCUUAAAGUUGGGACUCUGGAUAUCCUUGUAGGGCUGUCAGAUGAGCUUGCCAAAUUGGACGCUUUCGUCGAGAGUGUAAUGAGAAAAGUGGCCCAGUACAUGGCUGAUGUGUUAGAGGACACCCGAGAUAAAGUUCAGGAGAAUCUUUUAGCCAAUGGAGUUGAUCUGGUCACAUAUAUUACACGUUUCCAGUGGGAUAUGGCCAAGUAUCCAAUUAAACAGUCCCUUAAGAACAUUUCAGAGAUCAUCUCCAAGCAAGUGUCUCAGAUUGACAAUGAUCUUAAAGUCAGAGCUUCAUCUUAUAAUAGCCUUAAAGGCAACCUGCAGAGCCUGGAGAGAAAGAGUGUAGGGAGUCUGAUGUCUAGGAGUUUGGCUGAUAUUGUCAAGAAAGAUGAUUUUAUUCUAGACUCUGAAUACCUGACUACUCUACUUGUAGUUGUUCCGAAGAUGAGUUAUGCUGACUGGCAGAAGACUUACGAAACUCUUGCUGAAAUGGUUGUUCCAAGAUCCACAGUGCUUUUAUUUGAGGACCAAGACAGUGGGUUGUUUAGUGUCACACUAUUCAGGAAGGCUAUUGAUGACUUCAAACACAAAGCAAGAGAAAACAAGUUCACAGUGCGUGAAUUUCAGUACAAUGAAGAGGAGAUGAAAGCAGACAAAGAGGAGAUGAAUCGGCUCUCCACAGACAAGAAGAAGCAAUUUGGGCCUUUGGUACGCUGGCUUAAAGUAAACUUCAGUGAGGCCUUUAUCGCAUGGAUACACAUCAAGGCACUUCGAGUUUUUACAGAGUCCGUCUUGAGAUACGGGCUGCCCGUCAAUUUCCAGGCCAUGCUGUUGCAGCCCAGCAAGAAAAAUAUGAAGAAGCUGAGAGAAGUUUUGCAAGACCUUUACAAGCACUUGGACAGCAGUGCAAAUAUUAUUGAUGCAUCUAUGGACAUCCCAGGCCUGAAUCUCAGCCAGCAGGAGUACUAUCCAUAUGUUUACUACAAGAUUGAAUGCAACCUCCUAGACUUCAAAUAGAAUUAAAAUGCACCAUUCCAUCCUGCCUUUGUGAGACACAAAGACUGGCCUCUAUAAUUUAUUAAUGACUUAUUGUUUAUUCUGUCUUUACCUUUUUACCUCUCUGCAGGUAACAUUCUUUUACUGUUUCAUUCCUUCAUCAUUCCUGCAGAUGGCUGUUUGGCAUUUGCUGUCACAUCUGUUGUUUUAUUGCUUGUUAAAUUGCUUUUGCUUUAAUAUGUUUACAAAUUAGGAUUUGUUUUCCUUUUUUUUUUUUUAUCUGUCCUUUUGAGGAUGUGUGGUCCAAUAUUUAACACUGAGGCAGUAACAUCACUACUCUUUCAGUAAGCCCAUUGUGGUUGUUCAUUUAAUUAUUGCUUUUGUUUUUAAUUUUCUCAGCUUACUCUAUGACAUGCGCAGGUAUUGCAGUGCUUAUCUUUAAUUAUGUUGUCAAGAACCAAUAUGUUCAUGUUUGUCUGUGUUUGUGCUUCUCAUGUGGGAUUACAAUUAUUUAUAUAUUUUGAUGGAAAAGAGAAAUACAUGGUCGCAUGCUGGAUAAAAAGACCAAUCAGAGUUAAUAAAAUUAUAGA